AUGACUUCAGCCCAUCCAGCAGCGAGUGGCAUCGUAGGCUACCGAUUCCCGCCUGAGAUCCAACAGUUUCUCGAUGACAACCACAUCCCGUUAUGGAUUUAUGACCCCUCCCGCCAGCCCAUCGUGAGGACUGUUCGACAACGCUUCGAUGAGGCUAGUAUAGAGAAAGAGUUGUUAGAGGAAAUACUGCAAGCUCGAGAUCUUCCUGCGGCUGAGAGUAUUCAAGAGGAGCCCCUCAGGGUCACUCCCAUAGAGUGGCUAGAGCCCCUCACCGCAGCCCGUUUCGGACCCAGCCCUAAGUUCUACUCGAUACCCACGGCUACACAGAUGAGUAGACUGAACUUAUACAAAGGAGGUCACCUCUUUGGUCUCGACGUUUCUAGCGCCAGUGCAGUAUAUGCCCUUCUGGGAGAGUCCGGUCCCGAGCCAGGUUCGGCCGUGCUCGACCUCUGCUGCGCCCCCGGGACCAAGUUGCUCAUGCUGUCGGAAUUGUGUCCGGGUAGCCGGGUGGCAGGUAUUGAUGUGAGUCGCGACCGGCUCAUGGUAUGCCGUAGUCUGCUCACCAAGUACGGUGCUCACAAUGUUGAGCUCUACCACGGUGAUGGUCGGUAUGUCUGCAGUAGGCCCAUGGAACGGCUAACUGUAGCGAAGAGAAAAUCACGAGGACGCAAGCGGCAGCGCCGAGGCUCUCCUGAAGACCCGCCGCCAUCCUCGACAACACUCGAGGCGGAAAGCUGGGACUUGGUCUUGUGCGAUGCAGAGUGCACCCAUGACGGGAGUGUCAAGCACAUGCUGAAGCACUUAGAGGCCUCAAGCCGAGACAGUUCUGGCGUGGUUGGUUUCUGGCAACAACAGAGUGAACGCAGCCACCCGAUGCCUUGGCUGGACAAGCUCGGCGAGUUGGAGUCUCUGCAACGUGCCCUCAUAACAGCGGCUUUCGAUGCCCUGAAGCCUGGUGGAUGUAUGGUGUAUUCAACUUGCAGUAUGGCAAGGAGGCAAGAUGAGAAUAUUGUAGAGUAUCUAUUGGAGCACAGGGAUGCCGCUGCUCUCUGUCCACUCCCGUUCGACCUUGCCAAGAUGCCUUGUCGAGCCGCUAUGAUGGACAACACCGGUGCUGCUUGUGCCUGUAGAUUCGACCCCGCCGAUGCCGAUGUGGCCCGGGUCGAUGCUGGUGGGCUGUUCAUAGCCCGGAUACGUAAGGCCCUCUGAUUCCUCCAU